AUGUCCACUCCUCAACCUGCUACUCUCUCCGGCUGCGAGGCAUUCUUCUCGCCUCAGCAGUUCCUCAUCCAAAUCGGCGACCAACGUCUCCAAAUUGACGACAACGCUGAAACUGCUGGAAUUUCAUCGUCGACCACCCUCAAUCGUUUCCUCGGCCAAUUCAGGUUCGAGGAGGCGUUUAUAUAUUCCCCUGAGUGGGACUUCUUAUCUUUCGCCACUUAUAACGACUUAGUGUAUCUUACAGAGGUUGCCCGGCGGGGCAUUCGCUGA